AUGGAAUUGGAAACCUAUGAGGCAAAUUUAGCGGACAUUGCGCUACAAGAACAAACAUUUUAUGAUACAAAACCAACUGCAUACGAACUUCAGAUGGCAAGUCAGUUGAUGAAUAAUCAAAAUAAUGGAUUUGUGCAAACACAACCCGGUGUUUUUCCACUACUUACACCUAUCAUCAACAACUGUGGCAAGGGCAAAAAGAAGAAAUCGGUCAAGUUUCUGACUUAUGUUGAGGGUUUUGAAGGAGAACCACCAAUAUUGCUUAAGGAAGAACCAGAAGAUGGACCAAGAAACUUUCAUAAAGUGCCAAGCUUGUCAGACUUGUCUGAAGAAUCUUUGGGUGA